AGAGGUAACAUCUAUCGUUUAACCAGUGCCCAUUAGAGGCAAAAAACACCAAUGAUGCGAAGAGCAUCUCAAAUGUUGCGAUUUCUUCUUCUCUUCUUAUCUCUGUGUUGUUUAAAUGGUGCUCCAGUAGAUGAAAAGGAGAAACGAUUUGCUCUGGAUUUUCUGAAGAAGUAUCAUUACCUGUCCCCCUUAAAAAGUGGAAACCAUAACUUCAAAGACGCCGUGAGAAUCUUCCAAGAACUUACGCAUAUCCCAGACACGGGCCAGCUGGAUAGUAAAACAAUAGCAGAAAUGCACAAGCCAAGAUGCGGUGUUCCAGAUUUUGACGACGAUGACAAACCCAGCCCUGGGCGGAUCAAGAGGUUUUCAGUCUCUGGACGUCGCUGGGAAAAUAUGCAUCUCAAAUACAGAAUCCAUAACUUCGCAUCAAAUGGUGGGCUGACAGCAAGUCAACAGCGACGUAUCAUAAAGAGAGCUUUUCGGGCAUGGGAAAAAAUAGGUCCGAUUUCGUUCAGUGAGGUCACUGACGCCAGCUCAAACGCGAGCAUCAAUAUAUCAUUUGUUGCAAAGGUUCACCCCAGCUGUUGUUGCAAAUUUGAUGGUACAGGUGGAAGCAUUGCUCAUGCUUUCUAUCCGAAAACUGGCGAUCUUCACUUUGACGACGAUGAACAAUUCACCAACAGUAAUACGACUGGAUACAAUCUGUUCUCAAUUGCUCUUCACGAGAUUGGACAUCUAUUGGGGUUGAAGCACUCUAACGAUCCUAAUGCUGUUAUGUAUAUGGAGUACAGCAACAACCAAAAUCUCACGGACGAGGAAAGACAUGGAAUUGAAUAUAUCUACAUGCAAGGAACUGCUCAACCGGACUCGACUAAGUCUCCUGGGCCCUGCGUAGAUGAGGUGCCUACAUGCAAAGAUUAUGUACAUGAAUGCUCUAGUAACCCUUUUGUGAGGAAGAGUUGUCGUAAGGCCUGUGGAAUUUGCGGAGGUCAGAGCGUCGUAACAUUACCCUGCGUUGAUAAGUAUCCGUCGACUACUUGUACAAUGUUGAAGAGUACUUAUGGUUACUGCCAGUUACCAAGAACGAAGGCGUUUAUGACCGAUAAAUGCAGAAAGACGUGUGGAUUUUGUUCUGGAGCUGGAUAACUCAUCACUGGCCCUUGGAAACCGUUUGGACGUGAAGAGAAAAGAAUGCUUGACAGAUAACAUAACAACUUAGAAAAAAUUACUCAGUUACCAAAACUGAGCAGUAAGGGAAAAGAUAUACACAACAACAAAAAAUGACAACAAUAGAGAUAGAAUAAAACAUUUAUUAAAAAUGGCUCAUUCAUUAAUUUAAGAAAAUAACUAACAAGGCAUGUUACAUGUAUAAAACUAAUGCCGUUUGAUUGUAUCUGAGCUGCAGAAAUUAAAUAAGGAAAUAAAGCACAUGAGAGAAAAUGCA